AUGACGCCCUCUUUGCUGGUGUUUAACCACGCGGUCACCAGCGCCCCAUCUUCUGCGUUUGUCCAUCUUCUUCUCGCUUCCCGUGUAGGCAAUGGUGAGCUCGCAUCUACACCAUCAGCGUCAUCUGCUGUGGAGCUAGUUUGGGCACUAAAGAGAGGAGUUUGGUCACCAAAGAGAGGUGUAUGUAUACUAAACAGAGGAGUUUGGGUACCAAAGAGAGGAGUUUGGGUACCAAAGAGAGGUGUUUGGGUACUAAACAAAGUGGAAGUGGGACAGGAUUACGAUGGAUUUCGUGGUUGGACUACCUGUUUCGAGGACUUUCGAUGCUAUUGGGUGAUUGUGGAUCGGUUGACUAAGUCCGCACAUUUCUUGGCCAUCAAGAAGACAGAUGGAGCUGCUGUCUUGGCUAGGAAGUUUGUGCGAGAGAUUGUGAGGCUGCAUGGAGUGCCAGCUAGUAUUGUGUCAGACCGUGAUCCCAGAUUCACUUCAGAGUUUUGGAGAGCGUUUCAGGCAGAGAUGGGCACUAAGGUGCAUCUGAGUACAGCUUAUCAUCCGCAGACAGAUGGUCAGUCAGAGAGGACUAUUCAGACUUUGGAGGAUUUGCUGAGGAUGUGUGUGUUGGAUUGGGGUGGCCAUUGGGCAGAUCACCUGAGCUUAGUUGAGUUUGCAUACAACAACAGCUUUCAGGCGAGUAUUGGCAUGGCUCCAUUUGAGGCUUUGUAUGGGAGGCCAUGUAGGACACCCCUAUGCUGGACCCAAGUGGGGGAGCGCAGCAUGUAUGGAGCUACUUAUGUUCAGGAGACGACAGAGAAGGUUCGUGUUGUGAGGCUGAACAUGAAGGAGGCUCAGGAUAGGCAGAAGAGUUAUGCAGAUAGACGCAGACGAGAGCUUGAGUUUCAGGUUGGAGAUAGAGUUUAUCUCAAGAUGGCUAUGUUGAGGGGUCCUAACAGAUCCAUAGCAGAGAACAAGCUGAGUCCGCGUUUUAUGGGUCCGUUUCCAGUAGUGGAGCGAGUUGGGCCAUUGGCUUACAGGCUGGAGUUGCCUGAGAUUAUGAAAGCCUUUCACAAGGUUUUUCAUGUGUCGAUGCUGAGGAAGUGUCUUCACCCUACAGAGGAGUUAGUGGCUAGGAUUCCAGAGGAUCUUCAGCCAGAUUUGACAGUGCCGGCAGUGCCUGUGAGGAUUUUAGAGAGGAGGGAAAAGGUUCUGAGGAACAAGAGGAUUCCCUUACUGAGGAUUUUGUGGGAUUGCAGUGGUUCUACAGAGGAGACUUGGGAGCCAGAGGCAAAGAUGAAGUUGAAGUUCAGGAAGUGGUUCGACAAGCAGGUCGAGGAGUGA